CUGUGACGUCACGUCACAAUGAACUUUCAUUUUAAUUUUUUUUAUGGGGAUGAAAAAACUACGUAGUGAGAAUGGGUUGUUGUUUUUCCUCUCGCAGUGAAGACGAAGAGAGAGAACCUUUGCUUCAGUCCAAAAACCAAAAUCAACCAGAAUCUGCAAGAAGUCGUCCAACUGCUAAUGACACAAGGCAGAAGACAGGCAGCUUUACUGCCCGGCAUGUUGAUGUUCCCGACCUUGACCUGCGAUUCAAGGACGUUGCCGAAACAUUUAACAAACAGCAGGAGAACUAUAAACAAAUGAAGGAAAUGCUCCGGUGCAUCUCGCAUCGCUACCAGUUAUCCACUAAUGACAGUUUGUCACAAUGCCUGAAGAAAAUGAAAGAGGAACAUGAUCAACCAUAUAUCAGUCUGGAGGUUAAAGGAUAUGACUUCACUCUGGUGGUGAGGUCAGAGGCUGAAAUUCCAGACAGACUGAAGCGGACGCAGGAGGACAUCACAGAGCUGAGCAAAGCUGCCAAGGGUGUCAUGUCUGUGGGCACUAAACUCCAAGAAAUGAUUGAUUCGCUUCUGCAGGCUGAAGAAGGCAUCACCAGACAGGUCGAAGAAGCUCAAUCCAGUCACCAGGAACGGAAAAGGCUGGUAGACAACCUGAAGGAAAACCUCAGAGAGGCAAAAAGAGCUAAAGAACUGAGUCCAAAGUACAGGAACGAGGCUGGAGAUCUUCUAAAGGAGGUGGCUCAGUUGUCUGGUAUCACCCCAUGAAAUAAGACACUGUAUUCCAGAGAUUGAUAUUUGAAUCUACUUUGUGGUCUUAUGGUACAACAGAGUACAGUAAAGUAAUUUUUCAUUUCCAGGUAGAGAAAUUGCAGUGUUGAAAUGAGCAAAUUUUGUAAAUACUGUAUGUAGUUGGAUCUGUCAGGACGCUCAGAUAAACAGAGCAAUGUUUUUAAAGCACCACAGAGACAUUUAGACUUUUGGGAGGAAUCAACCCGUGAAUUUUAUCCAUAGUAUUUUAACAUUAUCAUUUAUGGGAUAUCUUCUCAUUAGAACUUCUACUAAACAAUAAAAUAGAACAUACUUUCCUAAGAAACUGAUGUGAAGCAGAAUUAUGUAAAUAAACAACUACACAACUAUUGUAUUUGACCUUUUGAUUUUUCUGAAAUACUGUUGUGUGAUUGAUAUCAAAGUGUAUUAACUGCUGCUUUGCUACUAAAAGCACUUAUGUAUUAGAAUUGGCACAUUAGUGGCUCUUUGCUGGCUGAAUAUGAGUAGCCUAUAUGAAUACUGACAUAUGACACACAUUAGAUCAAUUAAAUUGAUUUUACAGUAAAGAGAGUAGUUGACAAUUAAUGAUAUUUAGAUUAUAGAGCAUGCUUCAAAAUGUAUAAUAGACAGCUUAGAAAAUGUAUUUAGGAUAUGUACCAAUGGUAAUAUUGUUUUAUUUUUAUACAUCCUUGCUGAAAGAACAAUACAAUUUUAAUUGGUUUUCAUUCCAGAUACCAUUAUGACCCAUCAAGUGUUUGCCAUUAAAGCCAUUACAAAAUUCCUUUAUGAAGUGUGU